AUGACGGGUCAAGACAUCAAUCAAAUCGAGUUUCAUCAGCAGAGACACGGUCUUUUAAAGGAUCAAGUCCAGUUAGUUAAAAGAAGAGACUCUGUUCGGUACGAGAUAGUUCCUAUUAAAGAUCGGUUAUCAUUUGAGAAGGGCUUCUUCGCUGUUAUCCGUGCGUGCCAGUUGCUUUCUCAGAAGAAUGAUGGGAUUGUACUGGUUGGUGUCGCUGGUCCAUCUGGUGCUGGAAAGACAGUAUUCACCGAGAAAAUACUCAACUUUUUGCCUAGUGUUGCUGUCAUUUCGAUGGAUAAUUAUAAUGACGCUAGUAGAAUUGUUGAUGGGAACUUUGACGAUCCACGGUUAACAGAUUAUGACACAUUGCUCAAGAACCUUGAAGAUUUGAAGCAAGGGAAACAAGUUGAGGUUCCUGUAUAUGAUUUUAAGUCCAGUUCUCGUGUUGGAUACAGGACAGUUGAUGUUCCAGCUUCCAGGAUUGUGAUUAUUGAAGGAAUCUAUGCUUUGAGUGAAAAACUGAGACCUUUGUUGGAUCUUCGUGUGUCUGUUACUGGUGGAGUUCACUUUGAUCUUGUUAAACGUGUUCUUCGUGAUGUACAACGUGCAGGGCAACAGCCGGAGGAGAUAAUCCAUCAGAUAUCUGAGACGGUGUAUCCUAUGUACAAAGCUUUCAUAGAGCCGGAUCUCCAGACUGCUCAAAUUAAAAUCAUUAAUAAAUUCAACCCUUUCACUGGCUUUCAGAGCCCAACAUACAUCUUGAAGUCAAGAAAGGAUGUAUCCGUUGAUCAGAUCAAGGAGGUUCUUUCUGAGGGACAUACAGAGACUAAGGAGGAGACUUAUGAUAUAUAUCUUCUUCCUCCAGGUGAAGAUCCAGAGUCGUGCCAAUCAUAUUUGAGAAUGAGGAAUAAAGAUGGAAAGUACAGCCUCAUGUUUGAGGAAUGGGUUACGGAUACUCCUUUUGUGAUAUCCCCAAGGAUUACUUUUGAAGUUAGCGUUCGUUUACUUGGUGGGCUUAUGGCAUUGGGAUACACAAUAGCUACCAUACUUAAAAGGAAUAGUCAUGUAUUUGCUACUGAUGAGGUGAUUGUGAAAAUCGAUUGGCUUGAGCAGUUGAAUCGUCACUACAUGCAGGUGCAAGGUAAAGAUAGACAACUUGUACAGAGUACUGCAGAGCAGCUAGGAUUGAAAGGAUCGUUCAUUCCACGCACCUACAUUGAACAGAUCCAACUUGAAAAACUGAUAAAUGAAGUAAUGGCACUACCAGAUGAUUUGAAGAACAAGCUUAGCUUAGAUGAGGAUUUGGUGUCUACUUCAAGCCCAAAGGAAGCACUGUUACGAGCGUCUGCAGAUAGAGUAGCCAUGAGAAAUAAGAACCUAAGAGGCAUGUCACAGUCAUAUUCAACCCAAAGAGAUAAGAAUCUGUCCAAGCUUGCUGAUUAUUCUUCAAGCAAUACAAGGUAUGAAGAAAGAAACCACGACUCAGCAGCCAACGAGGGGUUUAUGACUCAGCUUUCAGAGCAAAUAUCAUCCCUCAAUGAGAGAAUGGAUGAGCUGACAAACCGGAUCGAAGAGCUAAAUUCAAAGUUGAGCUGUAACAAGAACACUCCAUCACAGCAGAGCAUGACACUCCAAGCAGAAGUCUGCAAUGGCUCAGCUCCAACUUCGUAUUUCAUUUCUGGUCUGGACAAUGGCUGUUUGACAAAUUCCCUAAUGCCACAUUCAUCGUCAUCUUCCCAGUUAGCCAAGGAUUCACCAUUAAUGGAAGAGAUAUCGACCUUCUCACGUGGACAGCGUCAAGUGAUGCAUCAGUUGGAUAAUCUGUGCAGCUUGAUGAGAGAAAGAGAAAGGUCACGCCUAGCAAGAACAGGAAGUAGCAGAGGCAGAUCAAGCAAAAGCUUCUUCUUAUCCAAUGUGGAAUCUAGUAGCCUCCCUCUCGUGCUAACCUUGGCUCUUUGCAGCGUGGGGGUUGUAGUGAUCAAGAGUUACAUUAACAAGCAACAAUAACAUCAAAUAACCAUUGUGGAUUGGUUAUUUUUCUCACUGGAGGCGUUUUGUGAGAGCUUCCAUGGGGUUUCUCUACGUGGACGAUGAGACAUUCUCGAGUAGUUUUAUAUUUAAUAUGAUUCAGUCAUUUUGCUCUUCUCUAUGUUUUCAUACUCAAAGACAAGGGCUAGUUCUGUUUGGUUUCUUGGUGUGUCUCACAUGAAAAUCAC